AUGGAAAAUGAAGCACAAAUUAACAAUAUUAUACAGGCCCGACCAUUCAGCAAUGAUGAAAUAGACAAAAUUAUAGGCAAUGAUGAAGCUCCUAAAGAAACUCCUGAAAAAAUCCAAGAAAAUACAGAAAAAAUUACAGAAAAUCCGCCUCCAGUUGAAUCAGCACCAGUUGCCACUGAAAAUACAACAGAAGAUGCAGAAAAAACAAAUGAUGAGGAAGAAUCAGAAGAAGAAUAUGAAGUCGAAAAAAUUCUUGCGCAUACAAAGCAGCAAGGCAAGAUAUUUUACUUAGUCAAAUGGAAGAAUUAUCCAGAUAGUGAAAAUACAUGGGAGCCAGAAGCUUGUUUCAAUUCUCGUGACUUAAUUAAAGAAUAUUGGAAAAAAGUUAGAGAAGAAGAUGAGCAAAAGACUAAACGAAAGCGCAGAUCUUCAGAAACAAAUCAAGAUAAUAAAAGCUCUAAUGAAACAGAAAAAACAGUUAAAUCCAAAAAAGAUUCUUCUGAAGAUAAUAAUGACGACGCAAAUGAAACAAAAACUAAAGAUUCCUCAAAAAAGGACAAAGAAAAAGCAGAAAAAAACAAAAAUUCAGAAAAUUCGGAUGAAAAGAAAAUUCAAGCAGAACAAAUUCCAAAUUCGCCAAAUAGGAUCGGAAGACAAGGAAGGAAACGUAAUAUCCAGCGCGUAAGAGGUGUUUGCAUGAAAAACGGAGAACUGUUUUUUGCAGUUAUUGCAAGUAACAAAAACAGACUUAUCAGCAACGCAGAAAUGAAACAUCUGUACUUACAAAAGCUUUUUGAGUUUUAUGAAUCACAUCUGCUGUUAGGAGAACCAAUAGAAAUAAAAUCAUCUGAAUCAAAAUCAUCAGAAGAAAAGGAACAUGACUCUUGUUAA